GCAAUUGUAGUUUACUGUAACUGAAUUCUUAAAACUUAAAAGUUCUUCUACUGUCACAUCUAUAGAUGGCAACAAUGCAGAAAGAAGAUGUUCUUGAAGGACUGAAACAAGUCAAACAAGAUAAAAUGGAGUUCACUCACAGCCAAAGCCUUCAGGAUUCACAAUCAAAGAAAACUUUGUAUAGUUCCACUAGUCAAAGUCUGACUCCCCUUCAAAAAGACACGCAGAAGAGCCAAAUCAAAACUGAUGAGUCCAUGUCUGUGACAACCCAUGGAUACAUGGCUCUGUGUGGACAAAAAGACCAACGGCCAAAUGAUACACAGGACAUCACUAAGACAAGAAUGUAUCAGAUCAAAGAAACAUGUCAAAACACAUCUGACAGUGAGGGACAAUUUAGUGGGAUGUAUUCAACCUCCCAAGAGCUCCCAGGGCUGAAAGGCAGCACAAGUAUUCAUAAGUUCUUGGAUGAAGAGGUUGUGCGUAAGCUUGAGAUGGGUCUUGUUACAGUGGAAGACGUGCAAAUAUCAGUUGCUCAGUUCACCGGAAAACCAACUACUAUUGCUGGAGUUUAUGUGGAGUCAAGUCAGAAAAAGAUAUCCUUCCUAGAAGCUGCUGAGAAGGGCUUCCUAGCAAAGACGUAUGCUCUUGAGUUCUUGGAGGCGCAGGCUUUAACAGGAAGCCUAACGGAUCUGACCACAGGGCAAACACACUCAGUGGUUGAGGCUCUGGAGAGAGGUAUCAUAGAGACAGGCCAGCAAGAUAAACUGAUGGAGGCUCAGAACGCUGUUAGUGGCUACAUCCAUGCUGGCAAAAAGCUCUCUGUGUUUCAGGCGAUAGAGGAAAGGAUUCUCGAUCGAUACAAUGGCAAGAAGAUCCUUGAGGUCCAGGUAGCUACUGGAGGACUUAUCAACCCAGAGACUGGCGUCAGGGUACCGGCUAGCAUUGCGGUUGAUCAGGGUCUUUUGAACAAGGAGACUCUACAGAGUCUGUACGAUCCAAUCAGUAACCCUAAAGGGUUCCACAAUCCUGACACCGGACAAAAAGCAUACUACUCUGAACUACUGCAGACCUGCAUUUUUGACAUUGAUGGUGGUGUGUUUCUCUUCCCAUUUGGUGAGAAACAUCUCACCCACACCUCUCCCACGAGUAUUCACAGAGUGUCUGUUGUCAGCAGCAGCUGUGGCAUCCAAAUGUCAGCGUAUGAAGCAUUCAAGGGGAGACACAUUGACAAGAGCACAUAUCUCUUUCUGUCACAGCAGGAAAGUGAUUGGCAAGAAAAGUCUGUCGCUGACGGCAGUGGAAGCCAACUUCACAUCGUUACUGAUGUCAAGAGUGGUCGACAGCUUUGUCUAGAGUCCGCUCUGGGUCAGAGAUUUCUAGAAUUAUCCGAGCUUGAAAGCUAUCGCAGUGGCCUUCUCAGCGUCUAUGAGAUUGCGGACAUUAUAUUUUCAAGAAUGGUGGUUGUGGAAGAUGUUCACAGCCCUAUCGCUGGUCUCUGGGACGUCACUCGGAGGAGGAGGCUGUCAGUUUUUCAGGGUUUUCAACAGGGCUUUACUGAUAGAGUCACUGCCUCGAGGCUGUUGGAGGCCCAGGUUUGCACUGGAGGUGUCUGUGACCCCUGUUCAGGGGAGAAAGUCACUCUCUCGAAAGCUCUCAAAAGAGGUCUUUUAGAUGAGGCAUUGAAUCGGCAGCUCCAACAGUUUGAGCAGGCAUGUAAUGGCAUUGUUCACCCCAGGACUUCAAAGACGUUGUCCAUCUCUCAGGCUGUUCAGGAAAAUCUCCUCCCCGAGGAUGCCGGUUUUCGCUGUAUUGAAUUCCAGCUCCUGACUGGAGGAUUGAUCAACCCUGACACCCAUGACAGAGUCUCCCCAGAAGAAGUCAUUCAGAGCAGCCUUGUCGACAAGGUUACUGCUGCUGUCCUCAAAGAUGAGAUGUUUCACACCAAAAGCCUCACCUGUCCAAAGACCAAGAGGAGAAUCACGUUCAGGGAAGCGCUUGAAAGAAGUGUGUACGAUUGCCACACAGGGUUAAGGUUACUGGAGGCUACGAAGGUUCAUGGUGUUGGGCCCAAAUCAACAUAUCAUUAUGUUUGGGCUUAUAAGUAAUACACAUUUGUAAUUAUGUGCUUGUCCAUAGCAUAACAGCAACAUCUAUAGUAUUGUCUUUGGUUUUGUGUUUGGAUGUGAAGUUACCUUGACUUCACUGAAUGUCUCUUUCUUCUGUUUCCAUACAUACACACCGGUUGAUGCAACUAAGAAUAGUUCUUGAGCUUUUGUGUUUUAGUCUGAUUUUGGAUGUAUUUUAGUCCCCUCUCUUUAAGGAUUCCCCUCUCAAGUGUUUUUUGUUUGUGUCUUUCUAACAUAGUUAACACUCUUGUCAAAAACCCUCUGUUUUAAUUGUAGAGAUCUGUUGAUGAGGAGAAGAGAGAGCACGGUGAUAAAGUUAGCAAACUAUUGCACUGGAUG